UAAACUCUGAUCUUUGAUCUAUCUUUUUCUUGUUUGUUUUUUUUGAUCAUCUUUGUUUAUUAUGAUUGUUAUUUUUUUUUAUAGCAAUUUUUGUGCAUUUUAACUCAUAAAUCAGUACGCCUUUCUGUUGUGUAUCUAGAUCUGAUGAAAUAUUUGGAAUAUAUCAGAUCAGCAGGUUUAUGCACACACAAAUUCUUUGCAAUCACAUACUUGUUCUAUGAUAAUAUUUUCCUAAUAUGAAAUUUUGUGAUAGUAUAUGUUCAUGGGUAGUUUAACUUAAUAUUUUUUUUUUAAAAAAAAUGUUAGAUGGUUAUUAAGUGGGUCGGUGAUUGUUUGAUUUCUGGUCUGAUUUGAUGUUCGAUUUUCUUUUUUCCUGGGGUGGGAGUUGAGGGUUUGUAAUUUAGAGCAAAACGGAUGUAGUUAGACCAUUUUAGAGUUUUGUUACGGCUGGAUCCAUCGAAAGGGCAUUGAUGUAAACGAGAUUUUCUGUCGGGUUCCCAGUGAGAAACAAUGUUGGCGGUAGAAGGAUCCCGGGAAGAGAAUGUGUACUUGGCGAAAUUGGCUGAGCAGGCUGAGAGGUACGAGGAAAUGGUAGAGUUCAUGGAGAAGGUUGCAAAGACUGCGGAUGUUGAGUUGACUGUGGAGGAAAGGAACCUCCUUUCUGUGGCUUAUAAGAAUGUUAUUGGAGCCAGGAGAGCUUCAUGGAGAAUCACCUCUUCCAUUGAACAAAAGGAGGAGAGCCGUGGAAAUGAGGACCAUGUAACCAUCAUCAAGGAAUACAGAGGGAAAAUCGAGGCUGAACUCAGCAAGAUCUGUGAAGGGAUAUUGAAACUUCUUGAUUCACAUCUUGUCCCAUCUGCAACUGCUUCUGAGUCAAAGGUGUUUUAUCUUAAGAUGAAGGGUGAUUACCAUAGGUAUUUGGCUGAAUUCAAGAGUGGAACUGAAAGAAAGGAUGCUGCUGAGCACACCUUGUUGGCUUACAAGUCUGCUCAGGACAUUGCGCUCACUGAAUUACCUCCUACUCACCCAAUAAGGCUUGGGCUUGCUCUUAAUUUCUCCGUCUUCUACUAUGAGAUCUUGAAUUCCCCUGAUCGUGCUUGUGCUCUGGCUAAACAGGCUUUUGACGAAGCCAUUUCAGAGCUGGACACUCUCGGUGAGGAAUCCUACAAGGACAGCACCUUGAUUAUGCAGCUCCUUCGCGACAAUUUGACACUAUGGACUUCUGACAAUGCGGAGGAUGUUGGGGAUGAGAUCAAGGAAGCUUCAAAAGAUGAAGCAGCUCCUGGGCAACAAUGAUUUGAUUAUUAUGUUGAAGGAGUUAGAUAAAAUGUAUUUAUUUUUAUUUAACUUGGAUGAAUGUUCUGUUGUUCUAGGCUUUUCCCAUUCUUGGUAUGUUUGUUUGUCAUCUGCAGCGUCAUUUAGACGCUCAACAUAUCUUACCGAGACAUACUCCAUUAAUUGUUAUUGUUGACUUUCAAUUUUCAACACUUGGGACUUCCGUGCCCUUGUUUCGGAUUCAUGAAAUGAAGCUAUGUAGUCCAAUAAUGUUCUCAA